CUUCAUCUGCAUCCCAGAAAUUUUGGAUUCUGGCCACAGCUGGCACUCAGUUUGAUCUCCGGACGCUGAGAGCUGUGAGAGUAUUAAGACCACUGAAGCUGGUAUCAGGGAUUCCAAGUCUUCAGGUUGUUCUCAAGUCCAUCAUGAAAGCAAUGGUGCCUCUGCUGCAGAUUGGCCUCCUCCUCUUCUUUGCCAUAGUCAUGUUUGCCAUCAUUGGACUUGAGUUUUACAUGGGCAAGUUCCACAAAGCCUGCUUCCCCAAUAUCACAGACUCAGACGUAGAACCUGCAGGAGACUUCCCCUGCGGCCUUGACGCCUCUGCCCGACAGUGUGAGAGUGGCUACAUCUGCCGAGAGUACUGGUGUGGACCCAACUUUGGCAUUACCAACUUUGACAACAUCCUGUUGCAAUCCUGACUGUGUUCCAAUGUAUCACAAUGGAGGGCUGGACAGAUAUCCUCUACAAUACUAAUGAUGCAGCAGGAAAUACCUGGAACUGGCUUUAUUUCAUCCCUCUCAUCAUCAUUGGAUCUUUCUUCAUGCUCAACCUGGUUCUGGGAGUGCUUUCAGGGGAAUUUGCCAAAGAGAGAGAGAGGGUAGAAAACCGCAGGGCCUUUCUGAAGCUCCGCAGGCAGCAGCAGAUUGAGCGGGAGCUUAAUGGUUACUUGGAGUGGAUCUUCAAGGCUGAGGAGGUCAUGUUGGCAGAAGAGGACAAGAACGCGGAUGAGAAAUCCCCUUUGGAUGCAGUGCUGAAGAGAGCAGCCACCAAGAAGAGUAAAAACGACCUGAUCCAUGCAGAAGAGGGGGACGAUCGCUUCCCGGACCUUUGUUCUGUUGGUUCUCCAUUUGCUCGAGCUAGUCUAAAGAGUGGGAAGAACGACAGCUCUUCCUAUUUCCGGAGGAAAGAGAAGAUGUUUCGCUUCUUCAUCCGCCGCAUGGUGAAAGCCCAGACCUUCUACUGGAUUGUCCUCUGUGUUGUGGCAUUGAACACAUUGUGUGUGGCCAUGGUCCACUACCACCAGCCCCAGAGGCUCACCAAUGCUCUGUAUUUCGCAGAGUUUGUUUUCCUGGGGCUCUUCCUCACUGAGAUGUCUCUGAAGAUGUAUGGCCUGGGGCCCAGAAAUUAUUUCCAUUCGUCCUUCAACUGCUUUGACUUUGGGGUCAUCGUUGGAAGCAUCUUUGAAGUCAUCUGGGCAGCGAUCAAGCCGGGGACUUCAUUUGGUAUCAGUGUGCUGAGGGCUCUGCGACUGCUGAGGAUUUUCAAAGUAACAAAGUACUGGAAUUCCCUUCGGAACCUGGUGGUCUCCUUGCUGAACUCCAUGAAAUCCAUCAUUAGCCUGCUCUUCCUUCUCUUCCUGUUCAUUGUGGUGUUUGCCCUGCUGGGGAUGCAGCUCUUUGGAGGACAGUUCAAUUUUAACGAUGAGACCCCGAACACCAACUUUGAUACUUUUCCAGCUGCAAUUCUCACUGUAUUCCAGAUCCUGACAGGAGAAGACUGGAAUGUGGUGAUGUAUCAUGGGAUCGAAUCUCAAGGUGGAGUCAGCAAAGGAAUGCUCUCCUCUUUCUAUUUUAUCAUCUUGACGCUGUUUGGAAACUAUACCCUUCUGAAUGUCUUCCUGGCUAUUGCUGUGGACAAUCUUGCCAAUGCCCAGGAGUUGACCAAGGAUGAGGAAGAAUUGGAGGAAGCAGCCAAUCAGAAGCUUGCUUUGCAGAAGGCCAAGGAGGUCGCGGAAGUCAGUCCCCUGUCUGCUGCCAACAUCUCCAUAGCAGCUUUUGUAAAGCAAAAUCGAGGCACUGUAUCUCGCAGCUCAUCCGCCUCCAGCGUAAAUUCACCCAAACAGCAGAACUCAGCCAAGGCCAGGUCUGUGUGGGAGCAGCGCACGAGUCAGAUCCGACUCCACAAUUUCCAGGCCAGCUGUGAGGCCCUGUACAGCGAGAUGGACCCCGAGGAGCGCCUCCGCUAUACCACCACCCUCCACAUCCGGCCUGACAUGAAGACCCACCUGGAUCGACCCCUGGUGGUGGAGCCCCGCAGAGAAGAAGGGGUCCGGCCUCCAGGGGGCAAAGCAGGGGCUGGGGAGGGGCAGGAGGCCACAGAACCAACCAAGGUGUCCCCUGGUACGGCUGCUGAGGGUCCUGAGGUGCCCCGGAAGCACCACCGGCACAGGGAGAAGGAAAAGGAGAAGGAGAAAGAGAAGGAGAAGGAAAAGGAAAAGGAAAAGGAAAAGGAAAAGGAAAAGGAAAAGGAAAAGGAAAAGGAAAAGGCAGGGACUGGGGAGCAGGAGAAGGUAGAAGGUGUCAGGGAGGAAAACGGGGAGUCAGGCGUCGCCAACAAAGAGGAGCGGCACCGGCAGCGCCGGAGCAGGAGCAAGGAGACUGGGGGCAAUAAGGAGGGGAAAUGCGAACGUGCCCGGGGCCAGGAAGGCGGCCGGAGGCACCACCGCAGGGGCUCUGUGGAGGAUAUCACUACCGAGAAGGAGCACCGGCGGCAUCGUGCCCACCGGCACUCAGCCGAGCCACCGGGCAAGGAGGGCAAUGGCACUGUGAGCGGGGCCAAGCCCGAGCGUCGGGCACGGCAUCGAGGCGGCUCUCGCUCAGGGACCCGGGAAGGAGAGCCUGGACCCAAGGGAGAGAAUGGAGAGGAGCCUCCCCGGAGGCAUAAGACCAGGCACAAAGCCCUCUCCAUGUAUGACUCGGUGGAAAAGGAGCCCGGAGAGAAGGAUGGGGAGCCCGCAGAGAAAGAGCUGCGGAAUCAUCAGCCCAAGGAGAAUCAAUGUGAGGCGGAGGCCAGUGGUGGGAUGGUGGCCAUCCCCAUUCACACAUUACCCAGCACCUGUCUGCAGAAGGUGAGCGAGCAGCCGGAGGAUGCAGACAACCAGAAGAAUGUGCAUCGGAUGACCCAGCCGUCCCUGGAGACCCUCACCAUACGCAUCCCAGUAACCCUCACUGCCCCUGGAGAGACCACAGUUGUUCCGAUGAACAAUGUUGAAUUUGAAGGUAAAAUGGAAGAGAAGAAGGACGUAGAGGCUGGUGAAGUAACAAGGAGUGGACCCCGUCCAAUUCUUCCCUACAGCUCCAUGUUCUGCUUAAGUCCCACCAACUUGCUCCGGCGCGCCUGCCACUACAUAGUGAAUAUGCGUUACUUUGAAAUGGUCAUCCUGGGAGUCAUCGCCCUCAGCAGCAUUGCUCUGGCCGCCGAGGAUCCAGUACUGUCCGACUCGCCCAGGAACAACGUUCUGAAGUACAUGGAUUACAUUUUCACUGGGGUCUUCACUUUUGAGAUGGUAAUCAAGAUGAUUGACCUGGGGCUGCUGCUUCAUCCUGGCUCUUAUUUCCGUGACCUGUGGAACAUUCUGGACUUCAUUGUGGUCAGUGGGGCCCUGGUGGCUUUUGCCUUCUCGAGCUUUAUGGGAGGAAAAGGGAAAGACAUCAGCACGAUCAAGUCACUGCGAGUGCUCCGAGUCCUGAGGCCUCUGAAGACCAUCAAACGCUUGCCAAAACUAAAGGCUGUGUUUGACUGUGUGGUAAAUUCCCUGAAGAAUGUCCUCAAUAUCCUCAUUGUCUACAUGCUCUUCAUGUUCAUCUUUGCCGUCAUUGCUGUGCAGCUCUUCAAAGGGAAAUUCUUCUAUUGCACGGAUGAAUCCAAGGAGCUGGAGAGGGAUUGCAGGGGCCAGUAUUUGGAUUAUGAAAAGAGUGAAGUGGAAGCUCAACCCAGACAAUGGAAGAAAUAUGAAUUUCACUAUGACAACGUGCUCUGGGCUUUGCUGACUCUUUUCACGGUGUCUACAGGAGAAGGAUGGCCAACGGUACUUAAACAUUCAGUGGAUGCAACAUAUGAAGAACAGGGUCCAAGCCCUGGCUUCCGGAUGGAGCUGUCCAUCUUCUAUGUGGUCUACUUUGUUGUGUUUCCCUUUUUCUUCGUCAAUAUCUUUGUGGCAUUGAUCAUCAUCACCUUCCAGGAGCAGGGAGACAAAGUGAUGUCAGAAUGCAGCCUGGAGAAGAAUGAGAGGGCUUGCAUAGACUUUGCCAUCAGUGCCAAGCCCCUGACCCGUUACAUGCCUCAGAACAAGCAGUCCUUCCAGUACAAGACAUGGACGUUUGUGGUGUCCCCGCCCUUUGAAUAUUUCAUCAUGGCCAUGAUCGCCCUCAACACGGCUGUCUUGAUGAUGAAGUUCUAUGGAGCCCCCCAUGAAUAUGAAAUGAUGCUGAAGGGCUUGAACAUUGUAUUCACUUCGAUGUUCUCUAUGGAGUGUGUGCUGAAGAUCAUCGCCUUUGGGGUGCUGAAUUAUUUCAGAGAUGCCUGGAAUGUUUUUGAUUUUGUAACAGUAUUGGGAAGUAUUACUGAUAUUUUAGUAACAGAGAUUGCGGAAACGAACAACUUCAUAAAUCUCAGCUUCUUGCGGCUUUUCCGGGCAGCCCGACUCAUCAAGCUGCUUCGCCAGGGCUAUACCAUCCGAAUUCUCCUGUGGACCUUUGUUCAGUCCUUCAAGGCUCUGCCAUAUGUCUGCUUACUGAUUGCCAUGCUCUUCUUCAUCUAUGCCAUCAUUGGCAUGCAGGUCUUUGGAAACAUUGCUCUUGAUGAUGAUACUAAUAUCAAUCGGCACAACAACUUCCGGACAUUCCUACAAGCCUUGAUGCUGCUGUUCAGGAGUGCCACAGGGGAAGCCUGGCAUGAGAUCAUGUUGUCAUGUCUCAGCAACCGUCCUUGUGAUCCUGAGACCAAACUAAAAGAUGAAUGUGGGAGUGACUUUGCUUAUUUUUACUUCGUUUCCUUCAUCUUCCUCUGUUCCUUUCUGAUGCUGAAUCUCUUUGUGGCUGUAAUUAUGGAUAAUUUUGAGUACCUGACUCGAGACUCUUCCAUCCUAGGGCCUCACCACUUGGAUGAAUUUAUUCGGGUCUGGGCUGAAUAUGACCCAGCUGCAUGUGGGCGCAUCAGUUACAGUGACAUGUUUGAGAUGCUGAAACACAUGUCCCCACCCCUCGGCCUGGGAAAGAAAUGCCCUGCUCGAGUUGCCUAUAAGCGCCUGGUGCGAAUGAACAUGCCCAUUUCCAAUGAGGACAUGACAGUGCACUUCACUUCCACCUUGAUGGCCCUCAUCCGGACGGCUCUGGACAUCAAACUUGCACCAGCUGGGAUGAAACAGCAUCAGUGUGAUGCAGAACUAAGGAAAGAGAUUUCAUCCGUUUGGGCUAAUCUGCCCCAGAAGACACUGGACUUGUUGGUGCCACCACAUAAACCUGAUGAGAUGACUGUGGGAAAAGUCUACGCAGCUCUGAUGAUUUUUGACUUCUACAAGCAGAACAAAAACACCCGAGACCAAGGUCACCAGCCUCCGACAGGUCCUGUGUCUCUGUUCCACACCCAAGGCCAACCUGCUGUGCUCCGAGGUGCUAGAGUUUUCUUGAAACAGAAGAGUUCGACCUCCCUCAGCAAUGGUGGAGCCCUACCACACCCAGGAAGUGGCAUCAAGGAAUCUGUUUCUUGGGGCACCCAGCGUACCCAGGAUGUCUGCUAUGAGACCAGAAUGCCCCUGGAGCGUGGUCAUUCUGCAGAAAUUCCUGUGGGACAACCAAGCAAACAAGUGAGGGCUGUAGAGAUGCAAGAGAUAGCCCAGGAUGUCACCAGUGGUGAGCCCCAGCCUGGACUAGAGAGCCAGGGCCGAGCAGCCUCCAUGCCCCGUCUGGCUGCAGAGAUGCAGCCCAUUCCAGACACAAGCCCCAUGAAGCGCUCCAUCUCCACCCUGGCCCCACAGCGCCCACAUGGCUCCCACCUUUAUGAAUAUGGCCUGGAACGUGUAUCCUCAGGCCAGCCUCAGCAUCACCACCAUCAUCGUUGUCACCGACGCAGGGAUAAGAAGCAGAAGUCUUUGGACAAAUGUCCUAGUCAGUCAGCAGAUGGAGAUGGGGCACCAAACCACAGCGUGGGGAUGGCAGCUCAUUCAGCGGAAGGUCCAGCCCCAUGUAAGCAUGAGAGGAAGCAAGAAAGGGGGCGAUCCCAAGAACGGAAGCAGCUCUCUUCCUCCUCUUCAGAAAAGCAGCGUUUCUACUCUUGUGACCGAUUUGGGAGCCGGGACCCAUCACAGCCCAAAUCCUCCAAUGGGAGUCGUCCCACGUCACCUCCUGGGGGGCAGGAGCCAGGUCCCCAUAGACAGGGUAGUGGUUCAGUUAAUGGGAGCCCCUUGCUGUCAACAUCUGGUGCUAGUACACCGGGCCGUGGUGGGCGGAGGCAGCUCCCCCAGACACCUCUGACCCCCCGUCCCAGCAUCACAUACAAGACUGCGAACUCCUCGCCUGUCCACUUCACCGGUUUCCAGACCAGCCUACCUACCUUCUCCCCGGGACGGCUCAGCCGAGGCCUUUCUGAGCACAACACCCUGCUCCAGAGGGAUUCUCUGAGCCAGCCGCCAACCCCAGUGUCUCGGAUUGGCUCUGACCCAUACCUGGGGCACCGUGACCACAGUGAUUCCUCUUACCGGGCCCUGCCAGAGGACACACUCACUUUUGAGGAAGCCGUCGCCACCAACUCGGGCCGAUCAUCGAGGACUUCCUAUGUGUCCUCUCUGACCUCCCAGUCCCACCAUCUCCGUCGUGUGCCCAAUGGUUACCACUGCAGUCUGGGGCUCAGCUCCGGCCCAGGGACUGGCAGCAGCAGGGCACGGCAGAGUUAUUAUCACCAAGCCGAUGAAGACGAUUGGUGCUAGCAUCCCGGCAAAAACACACAGCACACACCCAACUUGGCAGGUCUGUGUGUGUUACAGUUGAUGAGUUUUAUCAUCUGAAGGCUGGGUCCCUCCCUCCCCCAAACCUGGGUAUGCUCGGGACUGCAGAGGCAAUUAGCAUGAUGACACGGAAGGAGCUUGCCCCCCAAGACUGCUUUGUGGGGGAAAUCUGCUGCUCUUUUAUGUCUCCCUCUCUUCCACUUUCCUCUCACUAUGUGUCUCUGUCUCUGUGCCUCUGUCUUUCUCUCUCUGACUUUAUUUCUGUGUUACUCUAUCUUUCUACCUUGUUUGACUUUCUACCUGUCUGUCUGUGUCUUUCUCUCUCUCUCUCUCUCUCUCUCUCUCUCUCUCUCUCUGCACUGGACAGAUCAAUAAAAUCUUUUUUUUUUAAGGGAUGUGGUUUUUUUUCCAUCCCUCCCUUGUCCGCUGCCUUGCUGAGUCUCAUACCAUACAUUUGAAAUUUAUAUCAGUGGCCAAGAAGGCGAUGGUGGACCUUUACCCCACAUAGAACAGAUCUGAUUUGUGGAUUAUAGUAUUUGUGAUCUGGGCUUUUUUUUUUUUUUAAGGAGGUCUAAUUCUUGUCCAAUGUGAUGAGGGGGCAGAAUCUACCUAAAAGCUCUCGAGAGCUAAGGCUGGCAGGGGAUUCAUUUAGACCUAAUGGCUUUUAAAAGCUCUUCUUUUCCAAGGCGUCCAAACCUUGAAGUUCAAAGUGUCUUAAGCCGGCAGACUUCUUCUGCAUUCAUAUGACACGUCCACCUUUGCUGACUCAUACAUUAUAUCACCAAACCACCACAGAGAUCUCACACAAAGCUGCUCAGUCCUCCUUCCCCUAAGGACAUAUAACAAAACUUGACGAGGACUAUCUGGAAAGAGCCCUUGCUGCUGAUUCUAUUUUCCAACUGCAACCCCACCCCCUCACCAUUUUGUCUGGUUUAGAUAUGCCUUCUUUCUUUCUUUCUUUCUUUCUUUUUUUUUCUGUUUGUUUUUCCCCCGCCCAGGGAGGGGGAGGCACAGAAAAAGAGAAGAAAAGGGAGAGGGUGGGGGGGAAGUAAAUGUAAUUGGUUUUAUAUCCAUCCAGGAGCUAGAACUAAUUUUUCAUUGUGUGCAUUUUUGUAAAUUGUACAGUAAACAAGGAAAAUGAUCUCAUGUAGAGAAUUCGUCCAGUGUCAUUCUGGGUCCUACAAACUCUGUCCACUGUUCCAGUCACUCACUACCAAGUGCCUAACCUUUGAAAUGUUUCACAUUGAUAAUGCAGCCUCCUGCUUUCCUUCAUCCAGCCUUGUGGGGGAGGAAGGAACCUGGAAGGCCUGUCAUGCUUGAGUCCUGUAUGAAAUCUCCAUGUGUGUGUUUUGCAGACACUGUUAAAAACAGGAACCAACUGAAAAACUGAUGAAAACAAAGAAUUAAUUUGUAUAUUGUUGGAUGGGAAGUUUAAGCCCGAGAGAAAAAAAAAUCAAACUUGUAAAAAGAAAAAGUAGGGGUUUUCCCCCCAUCCUUGGGUAGCACUGAGGGUGUGGCCAAGAGACAAACCAGUAGAAAGUAGGGUGGAAACCUUGGGAUAGUAAAUAGAAAACAGGCUCUUCUCAUGGCUACCAUUCCCUCGGUUGGGGAAGUUCUGACAAUGUUGUGUGGUGUGUAGUUUGUUCGGAGUGUGGUAAGAGAGGAUUGUUCAUUGUUUCCUGUUCACAAUCUGAUUCUCAGGGAUGAGACAUCUAUUUUUUUUUCCUGUGGGGGUGGUGAUGGUAGUGAAUGUUUACCUAUGAGUGUAUGUGGGGGAGGGAGGGGAAGAGAAUUCUCAUUCCAGAUAAAGAGGGGAGUGGGUAGUUAGAAGUGAAGACAGUGAUUGGGGGGUGGGAGUGGGGAGAUAGUCAGUGAAAGGACAAGGAUCAUAGAGGAAUAGAUUCAGACCUGGACAGAACCUGAGAGGUCAUCUGGUCUAACUCCCUCAUUUUACUGAGUGCCAGAAAGAUUAAGUGACUCCGUCCUACAGAUAAUAAGUGGCAGAGCAGGGAUUAGAACUGCUCCUCUGACUUGCAAUCCAGCAUUCUUUUACAUUGUACCAUGCUGGCUGACUGAAAUGGCAGGAGGAAGGCAGGCACUGGGGAAUGACCGGGCAGCUUCUUCAAACCUUGUACCUUGAGAGCCAGAGGAAGAGACAAAUGGGGUAAAGAAGAGAUGAAUGGGCAAAAAGCUGUGGCAUAGGAGUUGAGGGAAUAGCUAUACGGCAGCACACAAAAUAUACUCCCCAAGGGAAAGCUUAGUCCAUGGCCACAGGAUGGAUGACCCUUUCAGCCUCUGCCUAGGUCUGCUUGGAGCAGCCAGACCAGCACCUGUGCCCUUCCAGCCUUGUCCAUAGAGCACAGGUGGAGGGAGGGAGGGAAAGCUAGGAAAGACAAAUACUAGUGGAAGUUUGAUAGUUAUCUGCAAAGCAAGCUUUGUACAGGGGAACUCCUUAGGGAAUGACCCAGAAGGCUUUCAAACCCUUUGUCUUCUGGAAAAUAAGUGUGGAUGGAGACCAAGGGCCUCACACUGUUUCCUUUAGUGUUUACAUUUCCAAAGUUCAGAUGCUUUUGUAGUUGACUUAUUUUUAAAUGUCCACUAGUUCUCAUCCCUGGGUUCUACUAAAAGACAACUUUGGUGUGAAUGCAUGUGUGAACUUUGACGCAUUACAUGGUGCCCGAGGUAUGCUGAGGUGUGUGUGCACCUGUGUGUGUGUGCAUGUGUGUACAACAAUGCCACGAGGUGCAGAGAGGUAUGUUGAGGUAUGUUGAGCGGUAUAAUUUAACCCUUAGGGCUAUGCAACACAAUGACACUCAAAAGCAACCAAUGGAACAAGACUUUCAUCCAUUCUGUGGCUUUACCUGCUGGAUUCUCUGUUUGGGGCUCAGCAUAAUUGUGACCAAAUGUUUGAUACAUUUCCCUCAACACAAAGGCACAACAUUCUGGCAUUUUAAAGGAGCCAGAGGAUUUUAAUUCAAGGAGCUAAAAAGCAAAAGACAGUCCCUAAUGGCAUAUGUGGCCAUUGUUCCCACAGUGAAAGGUGGCAGGACCUUUUUUGGGGGGGCAUUGGGCUUUUUGUUCCCUAGCCCCAGCACCCCACCUAUUUCCCCAUCUUUCCUGUGUUACUUUUCACAGUAAGAAAAAAAGUGAAAAUUCUGUACAGUACCAUGGCUGUGUUUUCAUAGAAGGUGUUAGGUCAUUUACAGUCUUGCCUAGACCUGAUUGUCACUUUCCACAGCCUCAGUUUCUCAUCUGUAUCCUUUCUCAGGGUGAUGAGGAGGGGUGGGGAGGAGUGUCCUGAGUUAGUCCAUUCCUCCACUUGGUGGGAACUAAGGGAAGAGGAGAAAGGAAACCAGAACACUGUUCCCAUCGUCCUGUCUUCCUUACUUGGGGUUCGGUCUUACCAUCUUUUCAUACGCCUACAUCUCAAAUCUCAUAGUGAGUUGCCAAACUUUAAAUGCAUCAACCAGUUUUCUGCAUCUGGAAUCAGUCUAGCAGUGGCUGUACUUUGAAUAAGUCAUGUUUGCAUGUAAAAUAUAUACAUAUAUACAUAUAUACACACACACAAGUAUGUGCAUGGAAAAUGUUUAUCUUCGUACUUUUUUGAUACGAUGUAUUCUUCAGUUGUUCAUUUUUAAAUAUAUUUGAUAUAAAUUGAGGGUUUGUUGCAAAACUUUAUAUUUAAGAACAGUGUUAAAAAAAGAUAAGUCCCAAUCAUGCAACACAACUGGGGCUUAAAAAAAAAGUUAUGUGAUUGACUAGUUUGCUGCCUGAGUCAUAUUUAUCAGCCAAACUUUGGAUUCUGCUGUUGUUUCUACAAUGACAUUUUGUAUGAAGCAAAGUCCUUGAAUUAAAAUAAAAACUUAGCAAAAACUAAACCAAACCAAUAUGCUGCGC